GCCGGGCGGCGGGCGAGGCGCGCGUGUGUGAGCGGUGCGUGAGGCGACACCGUCCCGGACCGGGGAGCAGCGGCAGACGUGCAGGACUCGGAGAGCAAAGUCUGCCUUGGGUGGUAACUGACGCCGACAUCCGUCCGUGGCGCGGUCCCUGAAGCCGGCCUCCGUCCGUGGCGCGGUCCGUGAAGCCGACCUCCGUCCGUGGCGCGGUCCCUGACGCCGGCCUCCGUCCGUGGCAGUGACCCCUGACGCCGACUUCCGCCGAUGCCGGCCGCCGCCGCCGCGCGAAGAUGAUGAGGAACACCGCGGCGGCGGACGGUUACAGUUUCCGGCUGGACGCGGACUCGUCGAGCACCUACUCGGACGCGAGCACGACCGAGCGCAGCUCCAUCUACAAGCGUCGCAUCGACUCGCUGUUCCGCGAGAAGCGCUCGGCCGGCGGCUCGGACGCGGCCGCCGCCAGCAACAGCGACUACGAGGUGAUGGAGAUGGCGCCCGAGCAGCGCAGCCAGCAGUUCCAGGACGUGCGCUCGGCCGUGCAGGCGCAGAUCGAGAAGAUGUUCCAGAGCCAAGAGGUCGGGCGGUCGGCCUCCGCCGGCGUCAAGUUCAAGGUCGACUACCUGGGUGCGCUGGCGAUUGAGGACAAGGCGACACGCCUGGAGGACCUGCAGUUCCCGCUGAAGCGGCUGUACAUGGAGUACCGGAUCCUGCAGAAGCGCGGCAAAACGCCACUCCCCGGAACACUAGAGAUCACGGACACAGGGGUGCGGGUGCAAUACGUGCGCGAGCUGCAUAAGGGCGUGCAGGAAGUGUUCAACCCGUUCCAGACGAUCGCCGUGUGGGCAGCCGUCAAGUUCGUCGCCAAGAAGCAGGUGAACCCCUCGGGUCAGAUGGAGCUCAAGUUCGCCUUCCUGCCGCUCAUCUGCGACCCCGAGAGCCAAGAGAAGUUCACGCUGUACAACGACCUCCAGAUGGACCUCAUUACCGAGGCGGUGGGCGUCAGCCACCCACCCGUGUUCGCGUGCGUGAUGCGCAAGCCGGGGUUGGUCAAGACGCUCGAGUGCCACGGCUUCGUGUGCGGUGCGCCUGAGGACGCCAUCGUGAUCGCGGCCAACCUGUACCAGGCGCUGCUGUCCAGCAUGCGGACCGAGCCGGCGGCCGGCUCGCCGCGGCUCGACACCUCCAACGGCAGCAACUCGAGCGUCGACACGGCCGCCGACGACGCCUCCGACCGGCACGGCGUGGUGGUGGACGACUUCAGCGGCGGCCGGCUCCCGCGAAGCCGCAGCUUCGCCGAGCUCAACGGCCGGCUCGACAUCAAGCAGCUGCUGGCGCAGAUCCAGGCGCGCGACGGCAUCCGCACGGUGGACGACGUGCUGCGGCAGGUGGUCAACCCGGGCGGCAUGAGCUUCAGCGACCUGCGGCCCGAGCACCGCGAGCUGCUGCUGCGGUUGGCGCUCACGCUCAGCAAGGACGAGAUGUACCAGCGGAGCAAGCACAUUAUGAAGAAGCAGUCCAAGAAGCUGUCCUCGGUCGGCGAGAGCGACACGGACGGUAGCACCAUCAGCAACGUGCUCAAGGCCACCAAGAAGUCGUUGUCGCGCUUCAGCUCCCGCUCUGGCAGCUUCCAGUCGCCGUCCUCUUACCUGCGCGAACGUACGCCGCUCAAGAAGCUCUACAACGUGCGCGCGAGCGAGAAGAAGCUGGGCGUGCGGAGCGACGGCGAGGUGACCGUUCGCGCGCUCCGCAGCGUCUCAGGCGCGAGAGACGAGGCAAAGUCGCCGCCCUCGAGGCUCUCCUCCUCGUCCUCCUCGGUCUACUCGAGCAAGUGCUACUGCACGCUGCCGCGCGGCGCCGGCGGCCUGACCAAGGCCAAGUCGACGUACGACCUGCCGUGCGCCUGCGACACGGAGAGUUGUGCUGAGAGCGAGAAGUGCUACUGCUCUCUGAAGCGCGUCAGCAAGAGCGGCCUCAAGGUGUACCAGAUCAAGCUGGACUCUGAGAGCGAGUCGACAGACGGCGCGGCGCGCUCGACGCUCGGCCGAGGCCGGCGCCGUGAGUACGGCUCGCUCGGCAACCUCUCGCGCGCCGACUCGCCCUCCACCGCCUGGCGCAAGAACGCGGCGUCGCUCCAGAGCGGCGGCUCGCGCGACUCAGCGGCGCUGCGGCGCGGCCGCAGCUCCAGCUCGCUGCUCACCAGCUCGACGGGCGUGAUGGGCGACAAGAGCGGCGGCGCCGUGUACGCCGAGGAGGCGGCCGUGGCGCGCCGCCGCAGCCGCAGUCGCAGCCUGGCGCUCAGCCUCGACAGCGACGGCAGCGCGCGCGACCCGCAGUCGGCGCGUGCCGGCCGCAAGAGCUUCAGCAUCGACAACCUGCACCACUCGGCAAACGGCUUCAUCUUCAACCGUAUGAGCUCGACGUCGUCAAUGUCGACGACGUCGAACCGCUCGAGCCAGAGCGCCGGCUCGGGUGGCCGCUUCCUGCUCGUGUCGGCGGCCGAUCCGUCGGGCAAGAUCGUGUACCGCGGCGCGUCGCAGCGGCAGCCCUCGCGUAACGGCGGCGACAUCAUGUCCAUGAAGAAGACCACCGAGAUCGCCGCCACCUUCUCCGGCCUCAAGCUGAACCAGACCACCGACCUGCUGGGCACCGAGAGCGAGGACGACGCCUACAGCUCGAUGCAGAACGUGAGCGGCUCCAACACGGCGCGCUCGCGGCACGGCUACUCGGACCAGAACAUUGAGAACUCGCUCGGCUACCUGCCCUGA